AGAAUUCUCCGAACCUGUCCUCUCGUCUGUAUAUAUGUAUAUCCUGUAUUGUAAAACCUUUAGUACAAAUAUUAAAUUUCAGAAAAGAUGGUGAACCCUACUGGAUACCGUCGUGGAACGAGAGACAUGUUCUCUCGUGGCUACAAGAAGGGAGGAGUAGAGCAUCUUUCCACCUACCUGAAGAACUACAAGAUCGGAGACAUUGUUGAUGUCAAGGGUUGUGGUGCCUUCCAGAAAGGUAUGCCCCAUAAGUCCUACCACGGCAAGACUGGACGUGUCUUCAACGUCUCCAAGCAGGCCGUAGGAGUUGUCGUCAACAAGAGGGUUAAGGGAAAGAUUCUACCCAAGAGGAUCUCUGUGCGUAUUGAGCACGUUAAGCACUCCCAGUGCAGGAAGGAUUUCUUGGACCGUGUCCACACCAACGAGGUCAAGAAGCGCGAGCAGAAGGUUACUGGAAAGCUCGUCGAAUGCAAGAGGUUCCCUCUGGCUCCCCGCCCUGCCCACACUGUAUCUACCAAGGAUAACCAGCCCCAAGAUAUUGGACCCAUCCCAUACGAGUUCAUGGCUUAAAGUUCUUUAUCUCUUUACUCUGCAUCUAAUUAUAUUUUCUUGCAGA